AUGUUCUCUUCGGACACGGCCAUCAAAUCCCUCACGAGCACUGAUGUAAUUGUGUAUCAAUCAGUGCAGCUGUCAAAACUUCUGGACAACUUCGAUAGUAUCUUUAGCGACGUUCCAGGUAAGCUCGUGGGACCUCCAGCGAAAGUCCAUCUCAAAUCAGGAGUCUCUCCAGUUUUCACGAGGGCACGGGACGUGCCUAUUGCACUUCGUGAUCGGUUUGCCAUGGAGAUCGAUAAGAAACUUGCAUCUGGAUUCUACGAGAGAGUAGAUCACUCCGAGUGGGCAUCGCCAACUCAUAUUGUCAUAAAGAAGAACGGAGGUAUUCGAAUAACCGGCAACUAUAAACCAACAGUCAACCCAAGGAUGAUCAUUGACGAGCAUCCUAUACCCAAAAUUGAAACGAUCUUCAACAAGAUGAGAGGAGCUGCCUUGUUUUGCCAUCUAGACGUAACCGAUGCCUACACGCACCUGCCAAUCGAUGAUGAGUUCCGCCAUGUGCUCACUCUCAACACUCCAACGCACGGACUCAUUCGUCCUACGAGAGCCGUGUAUGGAGCUGCCAGUAUCCCAGCCAUUUGGCAGCGACGUAUGGAGUCCAUUCUUCAAGGGUUGACCCACGUUGUCAGCUUUUACGACGAUGUCAUUGUUUUUGCAAACAACUUCGACGAGCUGCUGCUUGCUCUUACCGCAACGAUGGACAGGAUGAAGCAAAAUGGUCUGCGACUGAACCGAUCAAAAUGCAUCUUCGCUACGUCAUCGCUUGAAUGCCUAGGUCAUAGGAUUGAUCGUCACGGACUACACAAAUCAGGAAAACACGUCGAAGCGAUUCGUGAUGCACCACGGCCGUCAACCCCGGAAGAACUGCAGCUGUUCUUAGGUAAGGCAACCUAUUAUUGUGCGUUCAUCCCCAAUCUCUCUUCAAGGGCUAAAAGUUUGCGCGACAUGUUACUUGCCGAUCCGUUCAAAUGGACACCCGAAGCAAACAAGGCCUAUCAUGACUUGAAAGAGGUUCUAGUCUCACCGCAAGUGCUCAUGCAGUACGACCCAUCAUUACCGCUGAUUCUUGCAACGGACGCCAGCAAAACUGGACUCGGUGCGGUCCUCUCGCAUCGACUGAACAACGGAAUGGAGCGACCAAUAGCAUACGCCAGCUGCGCCAUGUCCGUCACAGAGCAACGAUAUCCGCAAAUCGACAAGGAGGCUCUGGCUAUCGUAUGGGCGGUGAAGAAAUUCUUUCAUUACCUUUAUGCACGUAAGUUCACGCUGAUAACGGAUCACAAGCCGCUCACCCAAAUCCUGCAUCCAGAGAAGUCGCUUCCUACGCUCUGCAUCAGUCGAAUGGCAAACUACGCCGAUUAUCUGGCUCACUUUAACUUCGACGUGGUCUAUAAGCCGACCGGUCAGAACACGAAUGCCGACUACUGCUCCAGAAUUCCAUGCCAAUCGACGCAGUCCGAUGUCAACACCGUUUCUCUUCACGAGGGAAGAAAUACUGAGGACGAUUUUGAACUGUUUGCCUUACACCAGAUCAGGCAACUACCUGUGCGAGCAGAACAUAUUGCACGCGAGUCACGGAAGGACACCCAUCUUGGGAAGAUUAUUCAAGAGCUGGAGCUGGGACGGAACCUUGCGCAGCUAGGCUAUAAAGCACCGGAAGUGAAAUACACCUUGACAGGCAAUUGUCUACUCUUCGAGCAUCGUGUCGUUAUACCACCUACUCUUCGACAAACGAUCCUGAACGACUUGCACGUUGCUCACAUCGGAAUCGUUAAAAUGAAAGGCAUGGCACGUUCUUUUGUGUAUUGGCCAGGAAUAGAUGCAGAUAUCGAGGGUCUAGCAAGAUCCUGCACGGAAUGCGCACGGCAUGCACCAUCACCUCCGAGAUUUAGCAGCCAUCAUUGGGAGUACCCAAAGGGUCCAUGGGAGCGCAUCCAUGUUGAUUAUGCUGGCCCAGUAGCGGGAGCAAUGCUGCUGGUCAUUGUGGAUGCGUAUAGCAAAUGGGUCGAAGUUCAAAUAACCAACUCAACUACAGCUGCUGCAACUGUCAAUCUUCUCGACGGAUUAUUCGCUGCCUACGGAUCACCAGUAACAGUUGUGUCGGACAACGGUCCGCAGUUCACUGCCGAGGAAUUCAAGUCGUUUCUCCAGCAGCGCGGGGUGAAAUUCCAUAAACUUUCUGCACCGUAUCAUCCGGCCACGAAUGGGCAAGCCGAGCGUUACGUCCAAACCGUUAAGAGAGCUCUCAAAGCUAUGGGAACGACAAAAAAUUCUCUGCAAGCCAAUAUCAACGAAUUCCUGCUGCAAUACCGAAAAGCUCCUCAUACUGAAACUGGAGAAUCACCAGCGAAAUUAUUUCUUGGUCGGAACAUUCGGACUCGGAUGGAUCUCGUCAAGCCGCAAGAUAUCAGCACGAAGACAGCCGAAAAACAACGAGCAUCGUUCGAAUCAACAUUCCGUUCUUUCACACCAGGACAGCGAGUCUACUGCCUUUCUGGGAAUCUUCGGAUGAACAAGUGGAUUUUAGGAGUUGUUGCUUCUCGUUUGGGUGAUUUGCACUAUGACAUUGUCUACGAACGAAAAACAUCUGAAACGUCAUGUUGA